AUGGCGGCACAACAAGAAAUAGAUCCUCGGGCAUUUUUCAAAGACGGACGUUUCUCGCAAACCUUCCACCUCCCAGCAGAUCCAUCUGAUGAUCGUGGGACAGCUAUUCAGGUCAAAUACGCCGACUACGGCUAUCGCAAUCCCUCUAACCCCCAAGAGGAAAAUGUUCUUCUCUUCUUCGCACCGCUCUGCGCAUCGCGCAUCAUCCAUUGUGCGAAAGACGAGCUAGCCAAGAAGCACCAUGUACGCAUCGUGGUAAUGGACCGGCCAGGCUUUGGUGGGACGGAUCCUGUCAAGUUGGAAAAGCGCGCCGUUAUAUGUCGAAAAAUGACACUGGCUCUCUUGAAGCAUCUUGAGAUUGGCAAAGUGUCUGUUGCAUGUCAUAGCGGAGGAACAGUGUACGCUCUCGACAUGCUGCUUCACCAUCCCGAGAUACUCCAUCCCGGGCGCUCAUAUAUGGCCAUCGGUGCGCCUUGGGUCUUACCAUCGAGGUCAAAUAUCUGGUCCAUGUCGUUUGUCAAAGCAUUACCUGUAGGCAUGAUGGCACAGGCAGACAAAGCCAUUGGGUUUUUCAACAAUACUCUAGGUCCAGCGUUCACCUCUUCUGUUGGUUUCAGUCAGUUGUUCACAACGCCAACUCCACUCGGUCCUGAAGGAGAUUCCGAAUUCGCCAAGUUCGAGGAGUCGCUAGAGCCUCAUCUUUUCAAAAUCGUUCAUGCGGAGAGUAUUGAAGGGUUCUCGGACGAAUCCCUGCUUCUUAUGCAAAAGAUAAAUGGAAUAUCUGGAUUUGGCGACUGGCUUGACUACGACGAUCUGGUUCCAAAGUUGGUGAGUGUGCUGCGAGAAUCUGGCCGACAAUUAACUAUCGAUGUUUUCUACGCCGAGACAGAUUCUAUGAUAGGUGCGCCUGAGACGGCAGGGCCACAAUGGAUGAAUGCUUGCUGGAAGGGAGAACAAGUUGGCGAUACCAUCAGUUACAAUGCAAAGACUAUCAAGGGGGCUGAUCACAACACUAUAUGGAGCAUUCGACGAGGUGUCCCGGAAGAGGUCUUCAAGAAACUGAGUCAAUGA